GCAGAUUCCGUUGAAUGGAGCUGUUCCCAGCAACAAAUAAAGCCGCUGCACAGCCACAGCAAGAGAAAAUGACAGUUAUGUAAGAGAUUAACCGUGUGGCUGAAGGUGGAGAUGUUUGGAGCGCACAGGCUGCUUCGCUGGAAUUAGUGCCUGUGCACCAUCAUGUGGCUGCUGGCUGAAGGCUGAACGCUGCGACCGAGCCUCCGCCUGUCUCACCGGAGAACCGGGCUCCAUGUCAACAUGCCAACGUUUUCAGUCAUGUACAAAGGAGCGGUGAUCAUCAGCAGGACACUAAUGGGUCCAUACGGAGUUGACCGGGCUGUUCAUUCCAUGGAGUUUACAGACUGUGAGAAUGGCCUAGGAAUUAAAGUGAUAGGUGGAGUGAAGGAGCUAACAGGAGAGGAGUUUGGAGUCUACGUCAAACGGAUUUUACCAGGUGGCCUUGCUUCAACUGAUGGAAACCUGAUGCCAGGGGACCAGAUCUUGGAAGUGAAUGGGGACAGCCUAGUAGGUGUCACAAGUGAAAGAGCUGUGGAUAUCUUGAGAGCAGCCUCUGCAACCAAUCACAUGCGACUUCUUGUAGCCAGAGAUGAGGAAGCAAAGAGAGAAUUUGCUGAUCUGCUAGAGAAAUAUGGAUCUAAUGGCAGCACUGGAUCAACACGGAACUCUCCGAUCCAGCAAGGAGGUCGCUACCUGGAUAGCACAUCAUCCGGUUCCUCGUCACGCUCCCAGAGUCCUUUGCUGUUGAGCCCAGCAGGCUCUCAGAGUAUGUACAACAACAGUGGGCCCAUGCUGCGCUCCCUCAGUCAUCCAGGUGAAGGGGUGAUUCAACUUAUUUCAAUAGCACGAUCCGGCAGUCUAGGCAUCACCAUUGGAGGAGGUUCCAACAGGCCUGACGGCCCUGCAGUCUUCAUCCAGGAGGUCCUGUCAGGAGGAGACUGUCACCGGGAUGGACGGUUGAGACCGGGAGAUCAGCUCAUUGCUAUUAACAAGGAGUCCUUGAUUGGUGUGACACAUGAAGAGGCCAAAAGCAUGCUAAACAAAGUGAAAUUCAGCCAAGAUACUGCUGUGGACAUAGCCUUCAUCCCGGGUAAAGGACUUUUUCCCAGCAGCACGUCUCUUCACAAUGGGCUCCAGCGAGCCUCGGGCAACAGCUACAACUCUGGACGCUUAAAAGUCCACAUCCGAUCACCCGAGAUCUGUGCAGAGGAGCCAGCCCCACCUUCCUCACCUUCUCCUGACAUCUGUCCUCCAGAUAUUCAUGUUUCAGGUUCAACCAGCCAGAGAUCCCCGACAGGAGCAAAACCUAAGAUAACCCUGGACCCUUACAUUCGCCUCAAAUCAGACAAAUUAGACUUGGCCUUGUCCUUCCUUGGUUUGGAUGUCACAGAAGAGAAGAAGAAGCAGCUGCGACAGAGUCUGACCACAGACCCACAAGGCACCGUGGCCUAUGGAGACUUUGUGGAGGCAACCCGGAACAUCUUCCAGGAGAACCUGGAGGAGCUGGGCUUGGAGACGGGUCCCUUCACAUUCUCCUACCAUGAAGCAGCUAGUCUGAUGGAUACCUCAGCCUUCCACUCACCUACAUAUGAAUCAGAGUGCAGCUACAGCAGUGAGGAGAUGGAGCAGUUUCAGACUGAGGUGAAGCAGCUGCAGACGCAGAUGAAACAGCUCAAGGUGAUGCUGAAGGACAUGGAACACAGCAAGAAAACCCUCGAGGAGGAGUUGCAGAAGACCUCAGAGAAAGCCUGUCUGACUGUAGAGGAGAACACUCGCCUGAAGAGUCGUCUGCAGGCGUCUGAGGCGGUGCAUCGGCAGGCCGGCAGUGCUGAGCAGGACUAUGAAGAAGUCAUCCAGCUGCUGGAGGCUGAGAUCAGAGACCUGAAGAGCCAGCUGGCCACCAAGAAGCAAAGACGGGGAGCAGAGUCCAUGCAGGAGGAGGUGGGCGAGCUGAAGAGGAGGCUGACGACUAUCGACUGCCAGCUGAAGAAGUCCGAGCUGAGCAGGAAAACGCUGGAGAUCUCCAACAAGAAACUGCUAGGCUUUGCUCAGAACGUCCACAAAGUGCUGACCACGCCCAGCCUAUUUGGAGAAGGGGGGAGUAACAGGUCAUCUCCUGCCACGGAAAGCCCCGACAUCCCAUCACCAAUUCCUGACCCAGCCUUCCAGCUGGCUGUGGAAGCCAAAGAGCUGGUGGAGGGGGUGUGUACUCUCACAACUGAUAAAGAACCGGUGAGUGCAGAUGCAGCUUCAGCUCCAGAUGUCAGUCCUCACCAUGUGUGAACAGCACCAAGCCAAAGAGGACUGAGUCCAGACCUGGGCCGGGCAGAGGACCCCCAACGAGCAGCUGACCUCGCCAUGCACUUCACCACAGUCCGCAGCAAACACACCAUCCUACGACAGGACACGACGACAGCGACAGUUAAACCCUCACUGGGACAGACUGACCACGUUUUAAUGCCAAAGCCUGUUUGUGCACAUGAAAUUAGUGUAUUCCCUCCAGUUACUCCAAAUGCUCCUCACAGGGCUCAGCAGUGGGAUCUGCUGAUUCGGUCUCAUCCUGUCAGCAGCACAUCACAUGUACUGAAGUCUCUGUGAGAAGUGCUGCUGCAAUUCUCUAGUGUGUUACUCUUACAGCAGGUGGUACAGGUGGAGCUGCAUGACCAAGUCCUCCACACACUCCCACAGUGUCACUGCUGUAAACCUUGUUAAUACUCUUGCCAACCUCUUUUCUAUCCUCACAAACACAAACUCAUCUCCACUCCAUAAAAGGAGGACUUGUUACUUGGAAAGCUGAUGUGUACAGCGUGUCCCCCUGUGUCAGAAACUCCAUGACAAAUUAGCUCGUCUGCUCUAACACAACAUCUGCCAUGCUUCCUUCCCUCGCGCCCUUACUCACACUGUCAUGGAAGACAAGAAAUGAAGGUUUGAAGGUCCAGCGUGGAUCAUCUUCAUCUCAUUGCCUGGUUCAUGUUGCUGUGUCUCCUGCGUUCAGGAGUAGUGUACCUGUUGCCGUAGCUCCAGCUGUGUAAAACUGUGUUUGGUAUUCUGUGUAGGCAGACCUCAGUCUUAGGCUACAUGUUGAACAUAGAUUUGAUUUCUACAGACAUCUACAACUGCAGUGACAAUAAUGACAUGUCCUUCAACCAGAUUGCAUCUUUGGUGUGGCCUCAUUCUUUCUGUUACUGUUUUAUAUUAAAGGAAUAACUGAUGACCGGA